UGUAAGCGAAGGGCAUGGGCAUAACCUAUGAAAUGGCCCUCCUCUCUCUUUUGCCACAACCAACCCCAGCUUACUAGGAAUCAAAAUACAAUUGUAAGAAAGAGAGAGAGGAAGAGAGAGUACCAUAAAAACAACUCAAAAGGCAAAGUUCAUCUUUCCAAUGGGUGCCAGGCUAACAUGGCUUCUUCUCAUUAAUCAUAAUCAUAGAAUAUAUAUAUGCAAUCAACAAGCCAGAGAAACCUUCUCAAAUCCCGUUAAUGCCAAUUCUUAAAAAUCAUUACUCUUCUGAAUCAUUCUUCUCCCUUCACUCCCCUCUCCAAUUUAACACACCCGCCACCGUCCACGGCGGCUCACGACGGCCAUACUCCGAUCGGCGACAAAGCUUCAAUCCCAAUUGAGAAAUUCUGGCUUGCUUUUCAAGAAACAGCUUAUUUGAUUCAUGGGUUUUGCUUCUCGCUAAUGGAGCUAAGGAGAAACUGGUACGAUUCUAACAUCUGGGUGGUGUUUUUUUGUUUAUUGAUGUUGAUUUCUUGCUCUGUUUCGUUUGAAGAUGCUGAUUCUUUUGGUGGGUUUGUUCAUAAAUAUGCCAAUAACUCUUUGUCAAAGCCUAGAACAGGGAUUGUAUAUAACAUCUCUUUGCCUUCAAAUUAUUCUGGGAUUCAAGUUUCUUAUAUUAGAUUGAGGAGUGGUAAUUUUUGGGUUAGAGGAGCAAAUUUGAGCUGGAUUUCUAUUCCUCCAAGAGUUACUUCUGUUCCAUAUGUAAAGAGAAUAGCCAUAAUUUUUGAGAAUUUAGGGAAUUGGUCUUCAACUUUCUAUAAAGUACCUGGUUAUACUCUUGUUGCUCCUGUGAUUGGAUUCACUGUUUACGAUUCUUCUACCAAUUCAAGUACAUUGAGCAAUCAAAAGCUUCAUUUGGUCAUCUUGGGAAGAAACCCCAUUUUGGUGAUGUUUCCUAAAGUAAAAUUGAGAGAAAAUGAUGGGAAGAAGCCACAAUGUGUGAAGUUUGGAGCUAAUGGAACUUUUGAAUUGAAGAACAUGACAGGACCAAGCUUGUGUUCUGCAAGUGAUUAUGGUCAUUUCUCUCUUGUUAUUCCAACUCCUUCAAUGGAAAAGGAGGAGGAGAAGAAGAAGAAAGGUAUGUUGUGGGUAUGGUGGGUCGUUGGAUUUGGGGGUGGUUUGGUUGCUUUAGCUUUGAUGGGUUUAGUUUUAAUGACAGUUUUGAGGUUAGUGAGGAAGAAAAACAUCAUGCAUAUGGAGAGGGAAUCUGAAAGAGGAGUGAGUUUUGAUACUGUUUGGAUUGGUAAGAGUAGAAUGCCUUCUGCUUCAAUGGUAAGAACACAACCAGCUCUUGAAAAUAGUUAUGCUCCUUAAUUUUUUUUCUUUGGGUGGGAGAGUUUUGUCUUUGUACUUCUGUUCUAAUGUUUACAGUUCUAGAUGUGUUCGUUCAUAGCUUCACAUCAUUUCAAUAAAAUCAUUCAUACUAGUGUUUCAUUUGCUAAACUAUACCUAUUCGUUUUACUUUUUGUUCUUUAUAUCGCUACGAUGUAAUCAAAUGAAUUGAAUUUCAUUCAAAUCGAAUGACGAACGGUUUCUUAGCUCUUUCUUUUUUA